AGACUGGAGAGUCGUCUCGAACGUCAACACAGGUACGAGCUGUCAUAUUUGAUGACUAAAACUGGAGAUCAAAAUGUUCGAUCUUUCGUUUAUUUAUGAUAAUGCCACAAGUAUUUCUGGUGUAGUAUUAGGUUUUACAAUCAUUGCACUGAUAUUGUCAACGAAAUACACGUUAUCAACGAUAGGAAGGAUCUGGGACGCGGGUGAUCCCCGCAAAUUGGGUGCAGACGACAAAGAUAGUGAACAGGGAGAUGGUGAAGAUUGUGAUGGCGACGAUGAAGCAGAAGAUGACGAUGAUCAACAUAAAGGAGAGGGUGACGGCUUGGCUGGGAGAGACCCUGUAGAGUACUGUGAACACAUUCAGGGUGAGGUGAAACGGGUCAAGCAAAGAGUCACUACAAAGAAGAUUGAGGAAGGGUUGACUGCAGACCAAUUGAAAGAAGAGCGGGAUAUUCAACGAAAUCAACUGCAGCAGAUCUUCAAGAUGAUGGAAACCCAGCCAGACAAGUUUGGUGUCACAUCUAUGGAUGAUGUUCAACAUCAGAUGUCAUUGUAUGGAUAGAUACCAUUUGGCCUUGUAAAAUGAAAAUGCAAUGCAAAAUGGAAAAUAAGGUUUUUCAAAUAUCUUGAAAGGAAGUUGAUAUCAGCUAUCAGAACAAUUUAUGUUCAACAUCUAAAAAGAUACCAAGGUAGCUGUUACUUAUUGAAUGGAACACAUCUUAACUCUAUCAUCAUGAUGUUGCUUUCAUCAGAAAUGAUACGUCCUUGAUAUGAAAUGAUUCAUAUGUCAAGGGAUUAGAUAUGCACAUAUGUUGUAUUGGUGAUAUGCACUCCAUGACAUUUCAAAGUAAUUAUACUAAUAACUAGUACCGUAUGUCUUGUUGAUUGUCAAGGUUGAUACUUCAAUGCAUGAUAAAAGUAGUUUGUCUUCUGAAAGAACUUAAGAUAUUCAACAAUUUUAAACAUAUUACAACACGUACAAAGAAAACCAGUUAUUUAAGAGUUACAUUUCUUGCAAGAUGUCUGAAAUUCAUGUUCCUUAUAUUUCAACUUUAGUUAUAGCAUCGUGUGCACAAUUGUUUACAACCCUUAAUGUUUCAAAUAUUGGUUGUUGGGAUGUUUCUCAUUUGGCUAUUGUUGGUCAGUUACUGAUAAUGCACUAUAUGAGUUGAACAGUUCAGUGGUGUUACACAGAUGUGAAGUUUUCAGAUUUUAGGUCAUUGUUUGAGAUAGUUAUUGUUGCACAUACUUUUAUUUAUAAUUAUGAAAUGUUUUGACAAAAUGAUCUUUCCUUUUAACAUGUUUUAAGUGUUUUCUGCAUUUUCAUAUUUAAUAUUUUAAGGGUAGUUUGGGCAAUGUCAGUUUAGGUAUCUGUUGAUAACCAUGUACUGGUAGUUUUGUCAGAGACAGGGUGUUGUAUUCUUCAUAGGUCAUAGAAUUAUAAGGAAAUGCAGCAGUAUCUAACAAUUUUCUGACAUGUUUUUUACACUUUGAAAGAACCAUGAAUAGAUCAUAAGACCAUUAAAUGAUUAUUUGAACAAUCAUGAAAAAUAGCUUUUGGUGUUAUUUAGCCAGAGUGGUGUCAUGUAUUAGAACAAUAACACAAGGAUGAAAUGUCUCCAGAUACCAUUAUAUAUGAGCAUACCAGACUGACAAAACAUAUCUGUUCUUGCCAUGUAUUAUCAGGUCAUCAAAGGAACACUUCAAUUGUCUACUAUUUCAAGUUUCUGUCCAGUUUACUCUGACAUUAUAGGAGUGUUCCAAACAAAUAAUGUAUAUGAUCAUAUUUUUAAUGUCAAGGUCUGGAACUGAAAUCAGCACUAUGCAAUGAGAGCUACUCCCUCAUGAAUAUAUCAAAACAAGAGGUGUUUAUGUAGUCAAAAGACUGUAUCCAGCAUUAUACAUUGGUCAGCACUUGUACACAAUAUCCUGAGUGUCUGUAAUGUUAUAAACUCUGGAUCAGACAAACUAGUGGUUCACGGCAUGCAUCAGUCAGUUAGGUCACAUAGUUUAACGAUGGGAAAUAACCUGAAAUAUUUACUUGCCCGACAUUGUGACAACAUGUAAGGACACUGCCUAUAAGCCUGAAAUUCUGAUAACCCAUACAAUCUCUUUAGUCUCAUUCACUGGUCACACAGCCUUGAGGUAGUACCGGUAGUUCCAUCUAUGCUCAUAUUGUGUCCUGGCAGCAACACAUGGUUAGUUAAGCCAGUGUCUUUACAGGUCAGCAGGAUAGCAUUUAUCCAAAAUGAUAGUCUUUGAAACUGUUCCAGGUUGAUGGCAUAUGUAUUUGUGUAAUUGAUGAUCCUUAUCAUGUUCAUGAAAACCAUUUGGGCAAAAAAUUGUUUUCAGUGAUAUUAUGUGUAUAACACUAUGGACAUAGUGGAUGGUUAUGAAAUCAAAAGCUCUUAUGGACAAAAGGUGUGUGACUUGUUUUCUAAUUUUCAGUUGGACCAUUAAUGUUGUCUUCUUUUGUCACAUUACUUACUUGACAUUUAACACCAACGUGUUCACCUUUGCAAAAUACAUCAACACAACUGAGUGACAAGGCUGUUUUAGCUUUGUCAUGUUGUUUUUUUCUUCAACCAAAAAUAUUAAUCUAUCCUAUUUUCUCUUGUCAUGCUCAUAUUGCAUUAUUCAAAUUCACCCUCUUUGUGCAUUUGUAGUCAAAUGUGAAAUUAUAGCAGCAUGUAUUCAAUUAUAUUACAUCUAAUGGUUGUGGUACAAGAGUAUUUGUUUAAUGUGUUUGAAGUGAAAUGUAACCACAGUUUUCAACCACUGUUGCUACAUUGUGGGAGAAGAUUACAAGUCCUUAUGUUUCACUUUUGAUUUCAUAUUGAAUACUUCACUGAUGAUGUUAUGAGUAGGUCUUCGAGAGCAUUCGAGAGCAUUUCCUCUGUUAUCUCUGUCAAGUACAUGUGCAUAAUGCUUAAACAUUGGAGUAACCUGUUCAGGAAGGAAUGCAUGUCUCAUUAACUGAUGAUUGCAUGUUGGAUCAUCUUUCAAAAAAGGCAUUUUUUCUAAUGAAAUAUUCAUGAUUUGAACAUGUUAUUUUGACAGAAUGAAAUCUACACCAUUUUUUAAAAAGUUUAAUAGAUGAAAGAAUGAUGGUUGAGUGACAGUUAUGAUGCGCAUCAUGACGAAAAUAAGAAUGGUUUGAUUUGAUUUGAUGUAGACAUGGUAGAUAAAUGUAAGUGCAUGAAUAUGGAUGAUUCAAAUCAUGUUAGGGUACAUCAGUUUUCACUGAGUGGUCAUUUCUUUUAUCAUGUUUAUUUGAGUUCAAUAUGACCAAUUUGUGUUAAUUAUUCAACUUGAAUAUUGCAUAAUACCAGAAACAAUAUGGCUAAGGAAAACAUAUCAUACACAUUUGGGUAUUUCCAUUCCAAUAUUCCAGACUGUGGGACCAAGAUACUGUAUGUUUAAUUUGUUUUCUAGUAAACUAUAAUUUAAUUAGGAAACAUAAAAAUAUAUGUUAUUUUAUUAUCUGAUGAUCAUGAUUUCUUGUGUUACUAUUAAUUGUCAGAUAUUCCUUUUCUCACAAUUAUCAACUUUCAAAAUGUGAAUAUUCUGUGAAAACUAGUUUCAAAGAAAUCCUUCAAAUUUCAUAAACUCAUAUUCAUGAAUUUAAUUGUUUACUUGGUUGAAGUUAAAUAUUGUGUAAAUUCUAACAUUAUUGUCAUGUUUCAAAUUCAAAUUAUGUUACCCAAUAGAACACAUUUAAAUUCAUAGGUUGAACUUUUGUGAAUUUCUUUUCAGUGUUAUGUAAUCAUGGUACUUAAUAAGACUACUGGACAAUGAAAGUAUGCCAUAGCCAGUAACAUUCAUAUACCAUUAUAUCUAGUCCUUACAAUUGCCAGGUGCUACUUAAUUGCCUUAAGUUGUAUGAACAGAAGAAACUACAGAACAGAAGAAAAUAAACAUUCUAGAAAUCUUUGCCAUGUUGAAAAGAGCAAUACAUGUUUCUUAGAAAAAUAGUUAUGAUCUGUGGUAUUUCAUGAUACUUUACUGCAAAUAAUGACAAAUCAAAGUGUGAAUCUCCUUUAUUGCAUGAGUGUAGGUUAAGAUGUCUUCAACAAUUGUUGUGUUUUCAGGAAUAAAGUUUGUAUCAAAUA